UAUUCUUUUUUUAAAAAACUUUUUUAUUCUUUUAUCAAAAUAUUUUUAUUACAAACGAAACAUUUAGUUACUUCUUUUCAUCUUAAAAAAAAAAUGAGUGAUUUCCUACCCCUCACUAUUGGAGAUAGCUCUUAUGCUAAAAAUGCAGUUAAAUACAUUGAAAUUUUAAAUAAAUUGCGUCGUAUGGGAGCGCAAUCCGCCGUUGACUUACCAACCGUGGUUUUUUGUGGAAAUCAAUCAGCUGGAAAAAGUAGUUUAUUGGAAGCAAUUUCCGGAAUCCAGUUACCCCGUUCAGAUGGCACAUGUACAAGAUGUGUUAUGGAAAUACGUUUAAUUAAGUCUUCUAGCGAAUGGUCAUGUCAGGUUUCUUUACGUAAAGAGUAUGAUAAUUUUGAUGAAAAACUUAUUCGUCCUGAAGAAACAAAAUUCGGCAGAAUUAUUACCCAUCCGAAUGAAGUAGAAAUAGUUGCUCGUCGGGCUCAAAAAGCACUUUUAAAUCCUAAUUGUAAACCUGAAGAUUAUUUUGAAUGGGAUUUUGAAAGUUUAAGUUAUGAAGAGGAUGCAGAUAAGAACGCUUUGAAAUUUACGAAAAAUGUUGUUUGUUUGGAAAUAAAAGGACCAAAUGUUCCAAAUCUUAGUUUAAUAGAUUUGCCCGGAAUUAUUCGUCAUGUUGAAAAAGUAGAAGAUGAAAGGUUCAUAAGAUUAAUCGAAGAAUUAGUCGAAAAUUAUAUUUCAAAAGAAAAGUCUAUUAUCGUGGCAACUAUUAGUUGUAAGGACGAAAUAGAUAAUCAAGCUAUUAUAACUCUUGCAAAGAAAGCUGAUAAGCAAGGUCUUCGUACUCUCGGAGUUUUAACAAAACCAGAUACAAUCGAGGAAGGCACUCAUGAUACUUGGAUGAAAAUUAUGAGAGGUGAUGCACAUAGAUUGGCCCUUGGAUAUUAUGUUGUAAGAAACCCAAAACCAAAGGAAUUAAAAGAAGGAAUUACAUUUAAAGAAGCUCGGAAAAAUGAAAAGAAUUUCUUUGAUAACGAAGAACCUUGGAGAAGUUUUUAUAUAAGAGAUCGUUUGGGUGUUGAACAUUUACAAAAGAAAUUAUCUGAUUUAUUAAUCGAUGCGAUUAAGCGUACCCUUCCAUCAAUUAAAAAAGAAAUUGAAGAUAAACUUGAAAAGAUUCGCGAAGAACUUGAACAAGUUCCUGAACAACUUGGAGAAAAUCCACGACUUGAACUUUUCCGAAUGAUAAAAAAAUGCGCCAACUCCAUUCGAGAUUUAAUCUCGUGUUCUAAUGAUCAUACGGAUUUAUGGCAAGAAAUUAAUGAGGAAUUAGGAAAGUUUAAGCAUAAUCUGUGCUCUACUCGUCCAAUUUUUGAAAUUGGUGAUGAGAGAUUUGAUACUUUAAAAGAAUUCCUAAAACCUAUAAAUGAAGAUGUAAUAAUAGCGGAGAAUAAUGAUGAAUUACAUAUAGUUAAAGAGAUUGAUGUAUCUGAUAGUGUAAAUAAAGCACGUGGACGUUUGUUACCUGGCUUUAUCCCUUAUAGUUCCGUGGUCAGUCUCAUAAAGAAACAUCAAAAAAGAUGGAAAUCGCCAGCUUUUGAUUGUUUACAUGAAAUUAACGAAAUUAUGACGAAACAUGUAAAUGAAUCUGCUGAUAAAAUAUUUUCACGUUUUCCGGCCUUGGUUGGUAGAAUUAAAUUUCGUGCAAUGGAAUAUCUUCAAGAAUGUAAACAGGAUACUGAGAGACAUAUUAAUUUUAUAAAUGACAUAGAGGGAAACAAUUUUCCUUUUACUUUAGACGAGGGCUCAAUGAAUCUCUCAAAGGCUGAAUAUUUAAAAAAUAUUCAAGAAGUAAUUGAAAAAAAUAAUAGGUCAAUGUUAUCGAGACGUGUAAUAAAUGGAAAUCAGGAUACGUUUGAGAUAAUGGCAUCUGCUAUGUCAUAUUUUAAAAUUGCAUUCAAAAGAUACGCAGAUAUGAUUUCUAUGACAAUAAUUCAUGCAUUUAUUGACAACUUCGCAAAAGAUAUUGAAGAAAAAUUCCUUGAUGCAUGUGAACCUAUGGAAGGGGAAGAAGAUUUUGAAAUUACCGAAUUAAUUAAGGAAGAUGAAAAUAUAAGUAAAAGAAGAGAUAAUUUGUUAGAAACUGAAAAACACUUACGUUCUAUGUUAUAUAGUCUUGUAAGGUUUGGAUGUUAAAAAUAAACAAGUUUUUUACAAUUCAUGAUCUGUUUUAAUCUUAGAUAAUCAGAUUUUUUUGAUGAAC